AAUAAAUCAAUGUUUUACUUCCGGUGGUCGAUGGUUGUUUACGGACCAAGGUUAAGGUAAAGGCGAGGACACAGACCUUCCCAGAUGCGUUUCUUGUGGUUUAGGUGCGACGAAAUUAUUCCCGCUACAGCGAUUGCAGUUGGUGUAUUGGCCAUAUGUUUAGGGGGGCUAUUUCUUCAGCACGAACUGAGCUUCGAACCUGACACAGAACGACACUGCAUAAUGUCAGCAGAAGCAGAGAGUAACCUUGAAAAGUACAGAGCUGAGGGCCACUCGGCAUUUGUGCUGGGUUAUUCUGGAGAAUCAGGCAAAGUUCUUGUCCAAGACCUGAACAACAUGAAAGUCUUUAAGCGAGUUGUGCUUGUUGGACGCAGGGAAGUUGCAUUAGACCCCAGCUUUGGCCCAGAAUUUGAGCAGAAAGUGGUGGAUUUUGAAAAACUUGAGGAUUAUCGUGAUGUCUUUCAGGGAAUGGAUGUUGGAUUUUCUUGUAUGGGCACAACUCGUGCUAAAUCAGGAACUGAAGGAUUUGUGAGAGUUGACCAUGAUUAUGUCUUGAAUGCUGCACAAAUUGCCAAAGAACAAGGCUGCAAGCACUUCAAUUUUAUGUCUACAAUGAGUGCUGAUAAAAACAGUUCCCUCCUCUAUGCUCGAACAAAGGGCCAGGUAGAAGAAGCACUGAAAGUGAUGCAUUUUGACAGACUUUCCAUCUUUAGGCCAGCAGUUCUUUUGUGCAACCGUGAGGAAAGUCGACCUGGAGAAGCUGUUGCAAGAGCUUUCCUCAAGCCCGUCUCCUAUUUUUUCCCUACUGCUAUUACUGUACCGGUGGAAGUGGUGUCACAUGCAAUGAUCAACAAUUUGGUAUCCCCUGCCAAGCAACCAGUGGAAGUCUAUGAGAACAAAGCUAUUCACCAACUUUCAGGAAUUUCAUCAGGCUGUGGAGCCAAGCAGAGCCGAAGUGCGGAAAGUUCAAAGGCAAAAUAGUUACCAAUUUCAAGCAUAUAAACAGUUGUUGUUGAGAGAGACCAUUUGUCAUCAGCAUAUAUUUCAUUAAACGAAUACCAUUUAUUUUUCAUCUGUUGGGUAAGAGACCAUUUUGUUACAAAAUAAAGAAGUGGAAUAGAAGUUAUCAAUAAGUCUUUAUCGGUUAGAAAAUAAGGAGGUUUAUGUUACUGGCAAUGUCAAAUUAAUGUAGCAUUGUUUAAUUUUUUUCUUAUCAAGAAAAUGGCAGGUAUUAAAGGUCAUUGAGGUGGGGGUACAUCAGUGUGCACCUUAGAUUAGUUUAUUCCUUUUUACUCCUCAAGGAACAUAGGGCCACAUCAACACCUUAAAUGGCACAAAACUUUCCAGUAUGAAGAUGGGGAAAGAUCAGAAAGUAGUGUUGAGGGUCACUGCUGAUGGAAGGUCAGGACUAUACCAAAACUAGCUUUUUAAAAAAAGUCUUACAAUCCUAUAAGCAUAAAAAUCUGGAACCUCUUCCCCAACAAUACUACUUGCCAUGUUUCAUAUUUGCAAGAACUGGUACAUGAAGACAGUAGGGCUUCAUUCCCUGUCACUGUUGCCCAACACAGAUAUUUUCAUCAACUUCAUAUUUAUUUUAGUUCCCCAAAAUUAUGGGUUAGGGAACAUCAGAAAUGAGCCUAAUUGCAAUAUAUGUUAUAGUAGUUUUUAAUGAUAUUAAGAAAUUAUGUCGUGCUAAGUUUUAUCUUUCCAAUGCAGCCAGAGCUGACCCACAUAUUGCAUCCGUAACUUGGCUGGGUCAGGGAUAGAAAACACAUUUGGAGAAUUUAGUCUCCCUGUGGGUGUUAAGACUUAAAUGGUUUUGAGUGAAAUGUUGGCAUACAAAAGAUAGCAGAGAUGUUUGAUUUUUCUGUGGGGUUUUUCCUCAGUUUUCAGCUUCAUUUUUAAUAUUUUUCUAUAAAUAUUUAAUCUGCAUGUGGACACCAUAAACCAAUCCUUAGAACUCAUCCCAUCAACUGUGCUGAUGCCUUAGAAGCCCAAGACUGAUUUUAGGUGGGGGUUUUUGCUCUAAAUAGAACCUGGGAGAGCAAUGGAAGACUCUCCAAGGUACCUUUGGGCGUUAGUUGUUUGCUUAGCUAAGGUUCUUAGGCCGUUGUUUUUACUUGCUGAGAAACUGUGCUGAAGUUUCUACAUGAUCUCAUUUCACUUAGAUUAUGGCAGUAUCUUUAGCGAUGCUUCUGUCUUCACAUUUGUUCUGUAGCAGCCAAUGUAGCAUUCUGUUAUAGCUAAUUUUUUUUUUCCUUUUCAGUAAUUCUGUGGAAUGUGCAAUUUCUGUUGGUGGGGCUGUUACAAUGUUCAUCACUAAUUUUUGAAACUUCAACAUAUUUAUCACUUUUGCAAAAUUUUCUUCUGACUAGUACCUGUUGACUUAUUACAUGCUUUGGGGGAUUUCACAAAAAAUAUAUUAUUUUUGUCAAAUUGUGUUCAUCCGAGUUGUCAUUUAUUAUGGCAGGUUUAUUUGUAGACAGGUUAUUUGCGAAUAACCAAUAAAAUUCUGAAAUAAAUUGGGGAAAUUCCAUGGCCUAAUGUAUAGUGCCCUUAAAAGUCUGCCCACCCAGCAGUUAAUAUUUGAUCAGAUGCUAUCUUCUAACAAAAUUUUCAGUCUUGCAACUCAUUAUUGUUAUACCUUCUUUUGAUUCUCAAAGUGCGUUUUCUUUAGUAACAGAUGAAGAGGAUUUUGACUGUAUUCGACUGUUUGACAUUUUCAAAGUGUCCCGUGUUUUUAAAGUGUGCUGCAAGUAAUUGUGCACAUGUGAAUCUUUAAAUAUGGUCACACAGUAGAGAAAGUUUAAAAUGAGCUUUACUGCUUUUGUUUCCUGUCCAUGUUUAAAGUGAUUGUGAUUGAUCUUAUGGCAUUAUUUCUUAUGUUGAUAAUGUUACACAAACACUAAAAACAAAACAAAAAAAAUACAUAGACUGAAAAAUAUUAUAUUGAAAGGGUAUGUUGUCUGUUAUUAAUUUCAUAGUUAUGAGGUCGUACAAAUGAUUCAUCUGUUCUUAUGCCAAGUGCUGCUACUGUUUAAAGAUGAAUGCUCAACUACCACAGAGAAUGUGCUUAGCAUAUCGUUUAAUGUCGGAUGGAUGGUAAUCAACAAUAGCUGGCUAACAUUCUUAUAUUUCAUGAGCUUUUUAGCUGUCAGCUUCUAGCUUGAUAGCUCCUGUGAAGCAAAUGAUAAGCUGUGCUAUUUGGUCUUUGAUGUCUAUGCCUAUAAACUGCGAUCUCAUAGAACUUAAUCCUGGAAGAACUAUUGCGCAACAGAAACAUCCAUACCAAACUGCUUAGUCUAUAACUAUUACCUAUUCUUUUCAUUAUGUUCAAAGGGAGCAAAUUUAAAAGAGUUAAGAUGCUUCCUAUCAUAGAAAUACAUUUCUGUUAAGAGUUUAAAAACAUUUUCAACAAAAUUCUGUAAUUCACUAUUAUUUUGUUAACAUGCAAUAAAGGGUUUCACACUAGACUGCACCUGGUAUUAGGAAAUAAUGAAGAAUGUCUCUAGAUGUUAUUGACUGACAGGUUUAAGCAUUUGUAGCCCUUUUACAUACACACACAUAUAUGCACAGUUAUCUGUAAUUUGGUGGUGUUGUAUAGGUACUUCUAUUGUUACUUCUAUUGUUAUUGUGACCUAUUGAAUUAUAAGUGGUUUGCCAAAGGAUACAUUUUUAUUUCUAGAUUUGUAGACCAGCUGUGAUUUAUAGUUUUGGUUUUAAAUGUUUUAACUUUGAAAUGUGCGAGUUAUACCUGUCAGGAAUGAUUGUGGCAUGUUUAACUAGUCUGCCAUGGUUCUGCUGUUUUUGAUGACUGACAAUGUCAUAGCUGAGCACCCUUUCAUGAUGUCUGUUCAAGUAGUCUUUUAGUUUCAUUCCAUUGCUUUAUCACACAAUUUUUUUGUUGUUUUACUAUUUAGAUAUUUUAGGGACCUUUAUCUGCUAACAUUUUAAUUUGCUUUGUAAUCUGUAUGUGUAAUGCCCUCUUCAACACGAAGAACGAGAAUCAGGGAUGGAAAUAGCUGCCACCAUUUUAACAAUUAACAGACCCAGAAACAUGAAGUGUUAUGUCUAGGUUGUUUUCAGUUCUCCUUUUGUGCCUUUGAUCAAGUUUAUAAGUUAUAUAAGCAUAGCAAUUUGAUAAUAUGAACUGCACGUUUAAACAUGGCUUUUAUAAGCCUGAUAAGCAUAUUUAUGAUUACAUGCAUGUGUAUUUUUUUUUCUUGUUACUUAUUACUUAAAUGUCUCACAAAUGAGAUUGUACCUUUUGGGAAGACCAAGUACAACAAAACAUUUCACGCUUAAUUCUGAUUAAUCAAGAUGCCUAACACUGGAUUUAAAAAACAGAAUGUCUGAAUAUUUUUAUUAAUUUUUACUGAGGCAUGCUGAUUGGAAGACUAAAAGCCUGUCCAUGUGCUGGGUGCAGGUUGGUUAAAGCGAAGCUAAAAGAAAAGAGUUCUGUGUACAUCUUCAUUAUAUAAAAGAAAAUAAUUAUUACAUGUCUUUUUAAAGUACUUGUCAGUGUUGUUGAGUUCCACACAUGUCCAUAGUUGAUCUUUUCGCUGUUAAGAUUUUGUGAUAUUUUGCAUUUUUAUCCAUGACCAUGUCAUUCUGGAUGCAAAUACAUGCCACUUGGAUUUAUAAUAAAAUCUUCACAAUUC